GAGAGAAAGAAAGAUCAGAGAGAAACGACGCAGAGAGAUCAUAGAAAUGUGCGACUUUAAUCUUCAAGAAUUCCAAAUCCCCGCAGCCAACAACUUUGAAGAUGAAUCCAUUGAUUUCUCUCUUCUCCGCCUUGACCCAUCUACCAACAACCACCACCACAGUACUCCUUGCACUACUUGUGGCUGCUCUGCCUCUUACUCUUCCAACAAACGCAGGUCUCCUGACCAUAACCCACAAGACCAACUCACAAAGAAACCCAAGAAACUGUUUGUUGAACCCCAUGAAACCACCACUACUAACGAGAACAACAAUGUCGCUAAUUCUGUAUCCGGUUUCUCCAAGAUUCUCCAACCCAUUUGCAGUACUGACCCUGUCCUCCGCCGCUGCCUUUCUGAUCCUUGUUCCCCGCCAAAUGUGGCCAACUUGGUCGCACAAUCGCCACCGGGGAGUUCUAAGAAGGGAAGUGCGUCUCUGCCUCCAAAGCCACCGUUGAGAAGAUCAGUGUCAGACCUGUCUCCUAACAAGAGCCUUUCAAGGUCUUCAAGUUCCAAUGGAAGUUCCAGUUUCAAGUGGCUGAAGAAGAUGAGGGAUAGCAUGAAGGAAAUAAAUCAAUGGUGGGACGAAAUUAUGCCCGAUACUGAUGAAGUUUUUGCUGAGCCAUGUGAUUUUGAAGAAGAAGCUGAGAAAUUAGGCUCUGAAGAUAACCCUACUGAUGCAACUGAAAAGAGUGAUUCAAUGAAAGAUUAUGAAGAAUCUGUUUGUGUGGAGAAAUCUGGGGAUUGCUUCAUCGUUCAUUUCAAGUGUCCCUGCGGCAAACGAUAUCAGAUCCUUCUCUCUGGAGGGAACUGUUACUACAAAAUCAUGUAGAAUGUGCAGCUGAUUCGCCUAAAAAGGCUGAUAUUAGGUACUGAUAAUACUUGUAAAGUUGCACUCAAUAGUCUCUAUGUUUCUUAUUCAAAGUUCUAAUCUUCUGUGUUUCAGAUUUUUUCAGGAUGAUUUUGUAGACAAGGCUAUGAUUCUGAUGCUGUGAUAAUUCUUCUUAGGUCAUAAUUUGGCUUUUUUGAUUGAUAUUGUUGAUAGUAUUCAUUUACUCUAUAGUCUAAUUUGCUCUGGAUGAAUUACUUUUCAUCUGAGUGCGUUGUGUUUUUACCAAAUUGGAUAGGAAAUUAGUCUGUCAAGUUAGAAUCUGCAAAGAGAGAUGGAAAAUAGAUCCUGAAUGUACUUGUUAAGAUUCUUGUCUUCUGUUUCCUGGUUAUGAACAGUAAUUUCUUUUACA